GCGAGAGGCGACGGACGACGGACUAGUUUUACAUGCUAAAAACUAGGUGACAGGGCCUGGUGAAAUUAAAUUCAUACAAGCCUCGAAACACUAAAUCACCGUAACCUCUCUGCCUCCUGUUUUUGUGGAGGGAGACGACGAACGGGAGCUACGAGGCCGACGACAACGUGAAUGGUUACUGAUGGCAUUCCCAGUCGGUGUUAGAUGGAGAAACCGAAAGGGUGGACUCGUUAUACAUAAUUAAAAAAAGAAAAAAACCUCAUCUGCUGCUUUAAAAUAUAAGGAAAAUGCAUCUGCAUCAGGUGCUGACGGGAGCUGUAAACCCUGGAGAUUGCUGCUACUCGGUGGGAAGCGUGAAUGACAUCCCGUUUACGGCCUAUGGCUCAGGUUGUGAUGUAGUGAUCUUGGCGAGCGACUUUGACUGCGUGCAGAUUAUCCCGGGAGCUCAGAAUGGGAACAUACAGGUGGGCUGUGUGGAGUGCUCCCACCAGCUUGGCAGGAUUGCAGCAUCCUACGGUAACACAGUCUGCAUCUUUGAGCCUCUUUCUACCAACCCAAACAAACGCCACAAGCAGCUUAACUAUCAGUGGCAAAAGACAGGACAGUUCUUCCUCGAUGCCAUCACCUACAACCUGGCCUGGGACCCACAAGGGAACCGUAUCCUAGCAGCAACUGAGCGGCUCCAGCUGUGGGCUCCGCCACUGACAGAUGCCCUGAUAGAGGAGGAGGAUGGGCAGUUGACUGAUGAUGAGCCCCACCCUGUCCUUAAUGACUGGAAAUGUGUCUGGCAGUGCAAGACUGCUGCAUCUGUUCACAUUGCCAAGUGGUCUCCUGAUGGGGAGUACUUUGCAACAGUUGGCAAGGAUGACUGUUUACUUAAGGUGUGGUAUCCCACCACGGGCUGGCGUUCUGCAGUGGUGGUCCAGGACCUUUCUGACAAAAAACCUCCUCCUGUGCACUUUUCUUUUGUCUACCUGGCCCACCCCCGCUCGGUCACCGGUAUGUCCUGGAGGAAGACUAGCAAGUUCAUGCCCAAGGGUUCAGUGUGCAAUGUGUUGCUGACAUCCUGUGAAGAUGGUGUGUGUAGGCUGUGGUCAGAGACCCUGCUUCCAGAAGAUAGCCUGCUUGGGGGACAGAUCUCUGAGAACACACACUCCUUCAGCUCCAGCCUGCCAGGCCUGGCAGGCGGUAAGGACAAGAUCCAACAUGCUUUGGAGUCAAUCCACCACCUGAAACAUCUGCGUCGGGGCCGGCGACGGUCCUCUGCUCUGGUGGCACACAGUGAGCUGCUGCCCUCUCAGCUUGGCACACAGGACGCACACACUCACCGCCACAUCGCUCAUCAUGCCAAUGCCCUGUGUCACUUUCACAUAUCUGCCAGUAUUAACCCCAACACAGAUAUCCCAUCAGUGCUGGCUGACUCUGCAGUGUUCAACCCAGACGACGGCACUGGUGGAGGAGGCUUUGUAGUUCACUGGCUCAACAAUAAGGACCUAAGCUUCACUUCCUCCAUGGAUCUCUUUAUGCUGCAGCUUCGUAAAUUCUCUGAACAGCAGCUGGACCAGACCACUGAAGAUCCUCUGGACCCAGAAGGAUCCACUAUGAAGUUUGACUUUGACCUGGACGAGAUGUCUGACAAAGCUUCCUCAGAGCUCGGUGAGGAGGGUGAGCCAGGGGAGCAGGGCAGCAAUAAGGCAUCCUCACCAGGAUCCAGCUCCAGCAUGCCUCUGCCCUCGAUGCUGCUGGAGAGGAAGAUGGAGACUCUGACCACAGAGUGGAACAAGAGCCCCGACAUGCUGUUCACAAUCCACCCUACUGAUGGCUCUUUCCUGGUUUGGCAUGUGAAGUAUUUGGAUGAAUUCAACCAGGGUAUCUUCAGACAGGUUCAGGUGUCCUUCUCCUCCCGUAUUCCUGUGGCAUUUCCUACAGGUGAUGCCAAUUCAUUGAGUAAAAACAUCCUGAUGUACGCCUGCACUUUGACAGAGGGGGGGAGUGCCGGGGCAGGGGAGCAGGGGAGGAUGGUCCAACGUAUCUCUCGCUCUGCCUCAGCUUCAGCAGGGCUGGGUUCUCCUGCCCUGGCCCCUUCUUCCAACUCCCAUCCUGGCACAAGUCCUGCUGUCAUGAUGAUCUCCAAGCAUGUUGAUGGAUCUCUCAACCAGUGGGCAGUGACAUUCGCUGAGCGCUCUGCCUUCUCCAACGUUUUGACCGUAUCUCACAAGUUCCGAUACUGUGGCCACCGCUUCCAUCUGAAUGACCAAUCCUGCCACACGGUGCUGCCACUGCUGCUCACCUCUUCUCACCACAAUGCCCUGCUUACACCUCCCUCAGCCCCUGGCAGCCUGGAAGGAGAACAGCCUCCUUCCUUUCCCCUACCGAAAGGACUUCCCAGAAAGCAACUUCGUAAUGCAGCUACAAGGACCUUCCAUGACCCCAACGCUAUCUACAGUGAGCUGAUCCUGUGGAGGGUGGAUCAUAUUGGACCCCUGUCCUGCACUGGAGGGGUGUCUGAACUGGCCCGCAUCAACUCUCUCCACACCUCUGCCUUCAGCAAUGUUGCUUGGCUACCUACACUAGUACCCAGCUCUGUACUUGGAACGUACUGUAACAGCGCCAGCGCCUGCUUUGUGGCAUCGGAUGGUAAAAACCUGCGUCUCUAUCAAGCUGUGGUGGACGCCAGAAAACUGCUGGAUGAACUGUCAGAUCCUGAAACUUCUAAACUGGUGGGCGAAGUGUUUAACAUCGUCAGCCAGCAGUCCACUGCCAGACCUGGAUGUAUCAUAGAGUUGGACGUCAUUACAAACCAGUGUGGCGCCAACACCCAGCUGCUGCAUGUCUUCCAAGAGGACUUCAUUCUGGGUUACAAGCCUCAGACAGAACCAGAAGCAUACACACCUGCCUUUCCACCUGGUGAAGAAUACCAACCUGCCCCAUUUUCUGAGAAGUUCUUCCUGGUGGUGAUAGAAAAGGAUCUGAACAGGAACUCUGUCCUACAGAUGUGGCACCUGCACCUCAAGUCUGUCCAAGCCUGUGUUGAUGAGCCAAGCCCUGAUUAUAGCUUCCAGAGCCAGCUAAUGGUUCCCAAUCAAGUUUUGAAUGCCGACUCAUCUCCGGAGACCUCUCCUGUCAGACCCCUGCCACGUUCAGCCUCCACAGCCAAUUUGCAAUCAGCCAGUAAACUCAUCCUCAGCUCCAAACUGGUGUACAGCAAGCGACUUGACCUGCCCCAUGGGGUGGAGGUUACCAGAGCAACCCCCUCUGCAGGUCAUCUGAGUUCCUCCUCCAUUUACCCGGUCUGCUUGGCUCCCUACCUGAUUGUUACUACUUGCUCUGACUCUCGCGUGCGGUUCUGGCACUGUGCCGUGGAGGGUGAUGAUGGGAAUAAUGAGGAUGACCGGGAUAACCGGGUGUACCGCUGGGAGCCCUGGGCCCUUAUGAAUGAAGAGAAAGACAACAACAGUGCUGUGUGUGUGUCAGGGCGGCCUGUAGCUGUGUCCUGCUCCUACAUCGGCAGGCUUGCUGUGGCCUUUAAACAGCCACGACAAGGACAGCUGCAGGGUUCUGGAGAGAACUUCUCCAUGCAUGUGUCCAUCUAUGAGUGUGAGUCUACUGGGGGCUCAGAGUGGGUGUUAGAGCAAACUCUCCACCUGGACGACUUUACCAGACCCUCAUCAACCCUGGAUCCAAGAGUCAGUGUGGACUCCAACCUCUUUGUCUAUAGCAGGUCUGACCUGUACAUGAGCAGAGACCAUAGCUCGCCCAACAUCAAGCACUAUGUCCACCUGGACUGGCUGUCAAAAGAGGAUGGAUCUCACAUCCUCACUGUGGGGGUUGGAUCCAACAUUCUUAUGUAUGGCCGUAUCUCUGGCAUGGUCAAUGAGCAGACUAGCAGCAAGGAGGGGGUGGCUGUCAUCACCCUUCCUCUAGGGGGCAGUAUCAAACAGGGGAUCCGCUCUCGCUGGAUCCUGCUUAGGGCUGUGGACCUCCUGUCCUCAGUGGACGGCACCCCAUCACUGCCAGUUUCGCUGUCCUGGGUGAGGGAUGGCAUCCUGGUGGUGGGCAUGGAUUGUGAAAUGCACGUGUAUGCCCAGUGGCAUCAGGACAAGAAGCCUGGUGAGGGAGAGGAGGGCAACCUCUCAUCUGCUGACAUUGCUGGAGGUCAGACUUCAGGUUCCGCUUCAGUGUUUGAGGCGAGAGCCAGGUCUAAAAGUGUGUUUGAAGGGAGUGCUGCAGUGGAUGAGGCCCUUCGUGCCCCAUCAGGACUUCAGGAAGGGGGACUUUUUGAGGCAGCUCACUCCCUAUCCCCUACUCUGCCCCAGUAUCAUCCCACCCAGCUGUUGGAACUCAUGGACCUGGGCAAGGUUCGACGUGCCAAGGCCAUCCUCGCUCACCUGGUGAAGUGUAUUGCUGGGGAAGUUGCUGUGGUGAGGGAUGUGGAGGCAGGUGAGGGCGGAGCAAGGAGACAUCUGUCACGGACCAUCAGUGUGACUGGCAGCACAGCAAAAGACACUAUCGUGGCUGGCCGCGACGGGGGCAGGGAUUACACCGAAAUCAAUUCCAUCCCUCCUCUGCCCCUCUACUCACUCAUGUUGGCUGACUUAGAUACCUCCUACAAGUCGGCAGAGGAAGCUGCUAAGGGAACCAAAGUGGCCGAUGGCGAAGGGGGCCAUAAGUCCUCAGAAGACCAGUAUGCUGACCUCUUCCAGGUGCAAACAGUUACCACAGAUGACUUUGUGAACUUUGCCACUGAAAAACCAGAGAAGAAGUCUCGAGUUAUCAACCUCUCUCAAUAUGGACCUACCUACUUUGGACCAGAGCAUGCUCAGGUGUUGUCCAGUCACCUCAUGCACUCGAGCCUCCCAGGACUGACCAGAUUAGAGCAGAUGUUCUUGGUGGCGCUGGCUGAUACGGUUGCAACCACCAGUGCUGAGGUCACCAGCUCCACCGAUAAACAGUACACAGGUGGUGAGGCUCUUGAUGAAUGUGGACUGAGGUACCUGCUGGCCAUGCGCCUUCAUACCUGCCUGCUCACCUCCCUGCCCCCCCUCUACCGUAUGCAGCUGCUUCACCAGGGUCUAUCAACUUGUCACUUUGCAUGGGCCUUCCACUCGGAGGCAGAAGAAGAGCUCCUGAACAUGAUCCCAGCUAUGCAGAGAGCUGACCCACAAUGGUCUGAGCUCAGAGCUGUUGGAGUGGGUUGGUGGAUACGUAACAUCAACACCCUGAGGAGAAUGGUGGAGAAGGUGGGUAAAGCUGCAUUCCAGAGAAACAACGACCCUUUAGAUGCUGCUUUGUUCUACUUGGCCAUGAAGAAAAAGGCUGUCCUGUGGGGGCUUUUUAGAUCUCAGCAUGAUGAGAAGAUGACUCAGUUCUUCAAGAACAACUUCACUGAAGACCGCUGGCGAAAGGCAGCUCUGAAAAAUGCCUUCUCCCUGCUGGGAAAGCAACGCUUUGAGCAGUCUGCUGCCUUCUUCCUACUGGCUGGAUCACUCAAAGAUGCAAUAGAGGUGUUGCUGGAGAAGAUGGAUGAUCUCCAGUUAGCCAUGAUAGUGGCAAGGCUGUAUGAGGCUGACUUUGAGAACUCAUCCACCUGCCAAGGUCUCCUUUAUGAGAAGGUCCUCGGCUGUAACAAAGAUGGGAGUGGUUACCACUGUUCCAGACUGCAUCCUGACCCUUUCCUCCGCAGCAUAGCUUACUGGAUCAUGAAGGAUUACACCCAAGCCCUGGACACACUGUUGGAGCGCAUUCCCAAAGAGGAUGACGAGAACCCUGACGUGAUGGUGAAAUCUUGCAACCCGGUGGUGUUCAGUUUCUAUAACUAUCUGAGGACACAUCCUCUGAUCAUCCGUCGCCACUUUGCAAAUCCAGAGGGCACAGCAACAACUGUGGGCCUGACUGCUGAGAAGAGCAGCGCAGAUGAGAUCAACCUCAUAGAGCGCAAACUGUUCUUCACCACUGCCAACGCACACUUCAAGGUUGGUUGCCCGGUUCUUGCCCUGGAAGUGCUCUCCAAGAUUCCCAAAGUUACCAAGAAAUCUGGCUCCUCACCCCUCAGCAAAGCUUCAUCCAAAGCCAACUUAAACUCGACCCAACCCCUGGAAAAUGGCACUCAGGGAGGUUUGGACUGGGCUUCACCAGCCGCACCUACCCCUGCCUGGGGAGGAAACGACAGCUUGGGUGGAUUGGAUUGGAGCCAGCCUAUGGUUAAGGUGGAGGAAGAUGACCUAAAGCUGGACUGGGGUGUUGACAAGGAAGAUGAUGAAGAUGAUGAAGAUGAUGGUCUGACUAUGAAGAAACCAGAGGCUGAGACCAAAGCAGAUGGGGGCUCUGAAAGCAUAGGCCACAAACUACAGAGAGAGGACUCACAGGGUGAGUCAGAGGUUGAUGUAAUAGCAGAGCAGCUGAAGUUCCGUGCCUGUCUAAAAAUCCUGAUGACAGAGCUGCGUACACUGGCCACAGGUUUCGAGGUGGAUGGAGGGAAGCUCCGCUUUCAGCUGUACAGCUGGCUGGAGAAAGAGAUCGCAGCUAUGCAUACGAUCUGCAACUACAAGGUUGAGGGAAAAGAGGAAAAUUCAGAGGUGGAGCGCUGGGGAGAGUGUGCAGCAUCGGUGGACAUAUCAGACGAGGCCCUGGAGCGUAUUGAGGCCGGGGCCUAUGAGCGUCACCAGAUGGAGCGCAGACGUCUUCAGGCCAAGCAGCAGCACUCUGAGAGACGCAAGGCAUGGCUUAGGAAGAACCAGGCCCUGCUGAGAGUCUUUCUCUCCUACUGCAGCCUUCAUGGAGCCAAAGGAGGAGGAGUCACGUCUGUACGCAUGGAGCUUCUGUUCCUUCUGCAGGAGAGCCAGCAGGAGACCACAGUGAAGCAGCUGCAGUCUCCCCUGCCUCUGCCCACAACCCUGCCUCUGCUAUCAGCUUGCAUUGCUGCUACCAAGACGGUCAUAGCCAAUCCCGUUCUCCACCUCAGCAACCACAUCCACGACAUCCUCCACACUAUCACCCUCAUGGAAAUUCCGCCACAUCCCGACAUCAUGGAUGACCGGGUGAAUGCUCUGCACACUCUAGCAGCAUCUCUGUCUGCUUGCGUCUAUCAAGCACUUUGUGACAGCCACAGUUACAGCAGCCAGACAGAGGCCAACCAGUUUACAGGGAUGGUGUACCAGGGCCUCCUACUGAGUGAGAGAAAACGACUCCGCACAGAAAGCAUCGAGGAACACAUAACUCCCAACUCCGCUCCUGCCCAGUGGCCAGGUGUGUCGUCCCUCAUUUCUCUGUUGACAUCAGCCAGGGAGGAGGACCAGCCAAGGCUCAACGUGCUGCUGUGUGAAGCGGUCAUGGCGGUUUAUCUUGCAUUGCUCAUCCAUGGCCUGGGCACUCACAGCAGCAAUGAACUUUUCCGCCUGGCAGCACAUCCCCUCAACAACCGCAUGUGGGCCGCCGUCUUUGGAGGAGGAGCUAAAGUCAUUAUAAGGCCAAAGAGGCCUGAGACCCCACCAGUGCCAGCUGACUUUGAGGCAGCCAGGCCAGAGGAUUCUCAAGAGACAGGAAGACCUGAGCAGAGCAGCCUCACCCUAAACCCCCAACCCAUCCCCACAGAAACCCAGCGCCCCAAACGACCCCCUCCUCUCAUUUCAAGGGGAGAGGGGUUGGGCACUGUGGCACCAGCAACUAAGGCCAGCUCAGCAACUGGGCCUAGCAAGGAGCCUGCGCAGUCCCCUCAGACUAAAUCUGAAUCUGAGACUAAACCAGUUGCUCCCCCUCAGCCCCCAGCAGAGGACGUGGACCGAUACAGACGGAGGUUCAACAUGAGGAUGCUGGUUCCUGGACGCCCUGUAAAGGAGACGCCAGCCACACCACCUCCUGUACCCACUGAGAGACCCGCUUACAGGGAGAAGUUCAUUCCCCCAGAGCUGAGCAUGUGGGACUAUUUUGUGGCGAAGCCCUUCCUGCCACUGUCAGACAGCAAUGCUCUGUGUGACUCAGACGAAAGUGGUGCAGAGGAUGAUGAUGAUGAUGAUGAUGCCUUCCUUUCUGACACACAGAUAACUGAGCACUCUGACCCCAACUCCUACAGCUGGACUUUGAUCCGCCUCGUCAUGGUGAAAUUGGCUCAUCAAAGCGUCAAGAACUUCCUCCCUCUUACUGGCCUUGACUUUACAGAUCUGCCAGUCGUUUCCCCUCUCAGCAAUGCAGUGUUGAAGACUUUAGAAAAUUGGGAACACCUUCUGCUGGAGCGAAUGAACAAGUUUGAUGGCCCGCCUCCCAACUACAUCAACACUUAUCCUACUGACCUCAGCGCAGGAGGCGGCCCUGCCAUACUGCGACACAAGGCCAUGCUGGAGCCAGACAAUACACCCUUCAAGACAAAGAACCACCAGUCCUUUCCAGCUCGACGUCUGUGGCAUUACCUGGUCAAACAGGAAGUUCUUCAGGAGACUUUAAUCCGUUACAUCUUCACUAAGAAAAGGAAGCAGAGUGAGUCUGUAGACAACCAUAUGGACCAUGUAACCCCAAACUGCAUAACGGGAGCUAGCGGUCCAAAUAAGGUGGAGGCGGAUCUGGGCUAUCCAGGAGGCAAGGCGAAAAUCAUUCACAAGGAGUCUGACAUAAUCAUGGCAUUUGCAAUCAAUAAGGCUAACUCCAAUGAGAUAGUGCUGGCUUCCACUCAUGAUGUCCAGGAGGUGGACGUGUCUACUCUGGUGGCUGUCCAGCCCUACACCUGGAUAGGGGAUGACUUUGAUAAGGAGUCUCGCAGCUCUGACGACAUAGACCACCGUUCCUCUCAUACCAACAUCGCCCAGGCUAGCUCUGUCCCCUUUGCACCACCACAGAUGCCGGUCUCUGCAUCCAUGCCAUGGCUCGGUAGCGGGCAGACCAGCAUGGGAGCCAGUGUGAUCAUGAAGAGGAAUCUGAACAAUGUGAAGAGAAUGACAUCCCACCCCAUAUAUCAGUAUUACAUGACAGGGGCUCAGGACGGCAGUGUGAGGAUGUUUGAGUGGAACAGACCUCAGCAGCUUAUCUGCUUCAGACAAGCAGGCAACGCUAGAGUCACCCGACUCUAUUUCAACUCCCAGGGCAAUAAGUGUGGAGUAGCUGAUGGAGAGGGCUUCCUCAGUCUCUGGCAGGUCAACCAGACAUCCUCCAACCCCAAACCCUACCUGAGUUGGCAGUGCCACACUAAGACCUGCGGAGAUUUUGCCUUCAUCACGUCCUCCAGCCUCAUCGCCACAGCCGGACAGUCUAAUGAUAACAGAAAUGUAUGCUUGUGGGACACUCUGAUUUCACCUAGCAAUACUAUGGUCCAUGCGUUCCCCUGCCAUGAGAACGGGGCCACUGUGCUGCAGUAUGCUCCCAAACAGCAGCUGCUGAUCACUGGAGGCAGAAAGGGCUUUGUGUGCGUGUUUGACAUCCGCCAGAGACAGCUGCUCCACACUUUCCAGGCCCAUGACUCAGCCAUAAAGGCCCUCGCACUGGAUGCCUUUGAGGACUUCUUCGUCACUGGAUCUGCAGAGGGCAACAUGAAGGUGUGGAAGUUAGCUGGCCAUGGGCUCAUGCACUCUUUUAGCACCGAGCACACUAAGCAGUCCAUCUUCCGCAACAUCGGUGCCGGCGUCAUGCAGGUGGAGACGCGGCCCGGUAACCGCAUCUUCACUUGCGGAGCAGAUGGCACCCUGAAGAUGAGGGUCCUCCCUGACCGCUACAAUAUUCCCAGCUUGGUUGAUGUCCUGUAACGUCUUCUUCCAUUACUGAGGGUCCAAAGAGGAAAGAGAAAGAAAGAAAAAACACAAAAAGCUUAUGUAACACUCGCUAGGCAUUAAUAGUAUAAUUGAUGGGGGGAAGACUUGGUCAAAAGAUCACCACACUUUUGGCAUCUUUCAGAGUGUGCAGUGUUCACAGGUUUACUUUUGAUGUAAAUCAUAUCCAGAAUGACAAACGGAGCUGCAAAUUUUAUUUUAUUUUUUCCCAAAGGCUGAAAGCAAAGUUACAAGCAAAAGGUAACAUACUUGAUUUUAAAGCUAGAUUUAUUGUAAUUUUUAUUGAAGAAUCUCUACUCUUAGAGUGUGUCCAUAGGGAAGCUAUGCAUGUCCUGUUCUCGUUACGCGGUGCAAUCACAGGUCUAUUGAUAGUGCUCUGUAAAAGUGCUCAAGCAAAAAUUUUAAAAGUGUGUAACUGUCGUCAUUUUGUGCCCACAGCUGAAAUCUCUUAGCAUCUACUGUAACCAACACUGUGGUUUGUUAUUAAGUCAGUGGUUUCCAGUGUGAAUCGAGUUGUUGGAAUCUGCAUUUUGUUUCAAUGGUUUUGCCCCCCCUGCCUUUUUGCCCGGCUUCUCUCAGCCCUUAUGGAAAAGUUGAUGGUGCAUUGCUCCUAUAGUGACAACCCCUUCCUCCCCCCACCCUACUUCACUGGCUGCCCGGUUGCACACUCUGGUCUGUCCUGGCUUGGGCUCGACCCGGCCCGGUUCGGUCCUCAAGUGUGUGUUCACUCUGCUGUGUCUGCCAUCUGUACGCCUGCCCACCCACCUGCCCUCAAAUGCCUGUUUGUGUGGCAGACUCACUGCUAGAACAUUCCUGUUUGGAAGAUGAUG